AUGCUGACUUCCGUUGUUUCUACAGCCAUUGUUUCAAGGUUAGCUAUUGCUUCGGAUUUCGUCAUGCCCAACUCACUCUGUUUACACUGCUCAAAACUGGUUACUCAGGGCAUUCAGUGUAUCGCUUGUAAAUCCUGGGCCUGUGGUCACAAGCGUUGUUCGCAACUUACGGAUUCGCUUUUUAAGAUCUACGCUGAACACAAAGGCCUGUUAUGCAUCUGUCGGUAUUGCAUUGAUGCAGCUGCACUGGCAAGACGACCGCCGCUUCAGAAUCUUGAGAGAUGCUCAUCCGUUCCUACUGCUAGAAGAGCCAGGAAGUGCAGCGCGAUAUCCCUCGGCGACCAUCCAAAGAAUACGACCAACCAAGUAGAAGACCUGUGUCGCACCUGUCCCCCCGACAACCUGAAUACGUUGCCCACAGUUCCUCCAUGCUGCCGGAUUUUAUCAACGGGUAAACCGGAGCAAGCACUACGGAUCUCUGAUGAGCCACCUCCUACUACAGUCGCCGAUCAUGGAACCAGAAAC